UUCGCUUCCGGUGAUCCCUCCCCCUCCGCUGUUUAGGAAGACGGGCGAGGAAAGGAGGGCAGCCGCAGUCUGCACUCUGCAGCAGUACCAGCGGCGGCGAUGAAGCGCUUCUUCCAACCCGUGCCUAAGGAAGGCUCCCCCGCCAAGAGGAGGCCCUCAGAGGUCGUCGCCUCCGACUGCGUCGAUGGCCCCGCCGCCACCGCGGCCGGCGCCGGUGGGGAGGGGGCUCCCGGCCAGGAGCCGCGCAGGUUCAUGACGUGGAACGCCAACAGCCUUCUCCUCCGGAUGAAGAGCGACUGGCCUGCGUUCUGCCAGUUCGUCUCCCGCCUCGACCCCGACGUCAUCUGCGUCCAGGAAGUGCGGAUGCCGGCAGCCGGUUCCAAAGGGGCACCAAAAAAUCCUAGUGAGCUAAAAGAUGACACAAGCUCGUCACGCGAAGAGAAACAGAUAGUGCUGCGUGCUUUGUCGAGUUCACCUUUCAAAGACUACCGUGUCUGGUGGUCUCUUUCAGAUUCCAAAUAUGCAGGCACAGCUGUGUUUGUAAAGAAGAUGUUUGAGCCAAAGAAAGUGUCAUUCAACUUGGAUAGAACAUCUUCCAAGCAUGAAUCGGACGGUCGUGUCAUCAUUGUAGAAUUUGAAUCAUUGCUGUUACUAAACACAUAUGCUCCAAAUAAUGGGUGGAAAGAGGAGGAAAAUUCAUUUCAAAGAAGAAGAAAGUGGGAUAAGAGAAUGUUCGAGUUUGUUCAACAAGUAGACAAGCCCUUCAUCUGGUGUGGAGACUUGAAUGUCAGCCAUGAAGAAAUCGACGUCAGCCAUCCUGACUUUUUUAGCAGUGCUAAGCUCAAUGGAUAUAUUCCUCCAAAUAAAGAGGACUGUGGGCAGCCAGGAUUCACUCUUGCAGAAAGACAGCGGUUUGGCAAUAUAUUGUCCCAGGGAAAGCUAGUAGAUGCUUACAGACACCUGCACAAAGAAAAAGACAUGGAAUGUGGUUUCUCUUGGUCUGGGAAUCCUAUUGGCAAGUACCGGGGAAAGAGAAUGCGGAUUGAUUAUUUCAUCGUUUCAGAACGGUUGAAGGACAGAUUAGUUUCAUGUGAAAUCCAUGGUCAUGGAAUUGAACUCGAAGGAUUUUAUGGAAGUGAUCACUGUCCUGUUUCACUUGAGCUCUCCAAAGACGCAGCGGAAGCACCAGGAUCCCAAAACUCCAGCUAACUUCUAUGUUUCUAUCUUAACAUAUCAUCAUGGAUUAUUAUUAGGUUAGGUCAGGUUAAGCGGACUCUCACAACAAUGCUAUUCUAUCAGUUUCUAAGACCUGCAGUAAUUAUGUAUAUCCCAUUAUUGCUGGGCAUUCUCUAGCUCGGAUCCUGGUUGUAACUUGUAGGUUACUGUGAUCAGCUAUUGCUAUGUCAGACGUUCAAACUUCCAUGGGUUGUU